AUGACUCUAACGAAAGCAGAGAUCCGGCAACACAACACCCGGCAGUCGUGUUGGGUUGCCAUUCACGAUACCGUCUACGAUGUCACUGAUUUUCUUGAUUCACACCCCGGAGGGCCCAUGGUAAUUCUCCGCUGUGCUGGCAAAGAUGCUACAGAGGACUUUGAUUCGGUUCAUCCACGAGACCUAUUGACAGAGGCAUUGCCAAAAUCUGCCAUCUGUGGAUACAUUGACCCAGCUGAACUGGCAAUGGUUGAGGCUCCUCCUACUUUAAAUGAAGACAGACCAUCAUCAAGUCCAAAGCCCCAGGGGCCUCCACUCCUCAGCACGUUGAUCAACUUGAACGACUUUGAAGAAGUGGCUAAGCAGUACCUUCCAGCCAACGCCUGGGCAUACUACUCUUCGGGAGCAGAUGAUGAGAUCAGUAAGCGGAACAACCGUCGUGCCUAUCAAAAAGUAGCUCUACGGCCUCGCAUUCUCAAGAAAGUCUCCAGCGUGGACACAACAACUUCCAUCCUGGGUCAAACUGUGUCGAUGCCGGUUUAUAUGUCUGCUGUGGGCAUCGCUAAGCUUGCACAUCCAGAUGGAGAGUGUGCUCUAGCUCGAGUAGCUGGCAAAGAAGGACUAGCGCAGCUCCUUGCCAAUAGCUCAAGCAUGUCCGUUGAGCAGGUUCGGGUAGCGCGUACCUCGGAGGAUCAGCCUCUCUUCUUUCAACUCUAUGUCAACAAAGACAUCCAAAAAUCCGUGGAGAUGGUCAAACGUGCUGUUCAAGCGGGUGCCCAAGCUAUUUGGAUUACUGUGGACUCUCCCGUCGUGGGAAAGAGAGAAAGCGAUGAGCGGCUUAAUCUGGCCGUCACAGCCAUGGAUAGCGACGUACAAGGACAAGGAGUGGCCAAAAUUAUGGCUAGUUCCAUUUCACCUGGGAUUGACUGGGGCAUCCUGUCUUGGAUUCGGGAACUCACUGAUCUUCCUGUGGUCAUCAAGGGCAUUCAGUGUGUUGAAGACGCUGUCCUUGCAUAUAAUCAUGGCGUCCAGGGUAUUGUAUUAUCGAACCACGGAGGCCGAUCUCAGGACACCGCCCAGUCGCCACUCUUGACUUUACUCGAGAUUCGCAAAUUUGCCCCCCAUCUGGUAGAUGGCAAGAUGCAAAUAUUCAUCGACGGUGGUAUCCGCCGGGGUACUGAUGUACUUAAGGCUCUUGCUCUAGGUGCAACUGCUGUCGGUCUCGGUCGGCCAUUCUUAUUUAGCAUGUCAGCAGGCUAUGGAGAAGCAGGUGUUCGCCGCAUGUUAGAAAUUCUACGACAAGAGAUGGAGAUGAACAUGGUAUUUUUGGGAGCUACAAGUUUGAAGGAACUACGGCCGGAAAUGGUCAAUGCAAGCCGGUUGGAGAAAGACAUGAUUGGAAGUGUGAAGCUAUAG